UUUGUAUUCUAUAUAAUUUUUGGUAGCCAAACUAAACAAGCUUUUGAGUUUGUUUUCCAUUGCAAAAAUUUUUCCCAAACCUCAAAACUUCAAACCCUUCUCCAAGGGAAUUAAAGAGGGUGGAAGAUGGGGAGAGGGAAGAUCGAGAUUAAGCGGAUCGAGAACACGACAAAUCGGCAGGUGACGUUCUGCAAGAGGAGGAAUGGACUGCUGAAGAAAGCUUAUGAACUGUCUGUUCUUUGUGAUGCUGAAGUUGCCCUCAUCGUCUUCUCCAGCCGUGGUCGCCUCUAUGAAUACUCCAAUAACAGCAUCAAAACUACCAUUGAGAGGUACAAGAAGGCUUGUUCUGAUAGCUCAGCUACUAGCUCUGUCACUGAACUCAAUACUCAAUAUUAUCAGCAAGAAUCUGCAAAGCUGCGCCAACAAAUACAAAUGCUACAGAAUUCCAACAGGCACUUGAUGGGGGACUCCUUGAGUGCUCUUACAGUGAAGGAAUUGAAGCAGCUUGAGAAUAGGCUUGAAAGAGGCAUCACUAGGAUCAGAUCAAAGAAGCAUGAAAUGUUGCUAGCAGAAAUUGAGUACCUGCAGAAAAGAGAGAUCGAGCUGGAGAAUGAAAAUGUGUGUAUUAGAACCAAGAUAGCAGAAGUGGAGAGGCUUCAGCAAGCCAACAUGGUUUCUGGGCAAGAACUGAAUGCAAUUCAGGCAUUGGCUUCUCGAAAUUUCUUCACUCCUAAUAUGAUGGAAGGUGGAGCUGUCACUUUCUCACACCAAGACAAGAAGAUGCUUCAUCUUGGGUGAUGAUGAUGUUGGCAGCUACUUUUGGAGGUCAUAAUGAUGGGACAAAUGUUUGUUUUAAUUAAAAUUUAGAAAAUCAUUGAGAUCACAGAAGAGAUUAAAAUAAAAUAUGCCCAUCAUUUUCUAAAGAUUAAUUAAUUUUACUUAGUGACCAAUGUUCAUGAUGAACAGUGUGAUUUGAUUUGCAGCUGUGUUUCAAAUUAUAGAUAAUAUAUACAUAUAUAAUGACACUAAUGCUGAUGAUGUGUAUUCUGUGUAUGAUUUUUGUGCCUACGUGGACCAAUAGGAAUAUGAAAUUUGCAGCU